GCGGUGAUCUGCUAGGCAAUGCAUUCGAAGAGGAUGAUCGUGCCAAAAUCAAUUUCUAUCAUGCUUCACGAAGUCUGAAACGCAGGCUUUGCACGCUGCAAUCCUUUCCCUUCACGCGGGCUUCGAAAGUCAUUUUAUUGCGGGUAUAGGAAAGAGUUUCCUGCAUUUCUCGGUUGAUUGAGGCGUGUAGCACAAUAUUUCGUUUGAGAAGCAUAUCACAACUCUUGGUGCUUUUCGCUGUUGAAUUUGAUGACGCAAUGAGGCGUCUCAGACUCCCUUUGCUGCAUGCGGUGCGCAUAUUAUGCACAAAUCGUUUUGUGGGAAUUGCUCGUCAGCGAGCUCGCACCCAGGAUGGCGUCUUUGGAGGCAGUUCGAAACAUGGGUGGUGGCCUGCCACCGCGAGAAGAUUUUCUACUGCCGAAGGGCAGCUUCCUUUUUCACCAGAUAUGUUGUCAAUAGUAGAGAGGGGGAUGUUAGCGAUAGAGCAUCGUCAUUCCCGACUAAAUCAGGCUCUCUCCGAGUCUGCAGCUUGUCCUGAUGAAAUUAUACGGUUGAGCAAAGAGCUUAGCAAGCUGGAGGACUUAAUGGCUUGUAUUACUUCCUUAAAAAAUACGCGCAAGGAGAUAGAAGGGUUGAAAAUGCUGAUAGAGGAAUCAGCGGAAGACGAGGACAUGAAACAAGCAGCAGCAGAAGAGCUGCGCUCUGUAUCCAAUCUAGAAACUGAGGAUCUGCAACGAAUGCUAUUACUAAUGCUCCCAAAAGAUGAAGCUGAUAGUCGUGGUUGUAUUCUUGAGGUCAGAGCUGGUACUGGUGGAGAUGAGGCGUCGUUGUUUGCUUCGGACAUUUUUAGAAUGUACGAGAGAUACGCACAGAAAAAGUUGUGGAGUUUUGAGGUUUUAAGCAUAACUCAGACUAAUAGCAAAGGAUACAAGGAAGCAAGUGCCUCUAUUACUGGAGAUGGUGUGUAUGGAAAACUCAAAUUUGAGAGUGGCGUGCAUAGAGUCCAGAGGGUUCCAGUGACAGAGAAGAGUGGGCGGGUGCACACGAGCGCAGCCUCAGUUGCUGUUCUUCCACAAGCAGACGAAGUUGAUGUUCAAAUGAGGAAUGAGGAUCUUAGAAUAGACACUUAUCGAGCUGGUGGAGCAGGUGGUCAACAUGCCAACACUACCAGCAGUGCUGUUCGUGUUACUCACUUACCCACGGGCAUUGUUAUUGCGAUUCAGGAUGAGCGUUCUCAGCAUAUGAAUAGAGCUAAAUCUCUGAAAUUGCUACGCGCUAAGCUGUUUGAGAGAGAGAGGAUGCAGCAGGCCAUGGCACGGUCUACUCUUCGACUUGAGCAGAUUGGAAGCGGUGACCGAUCAGAGCGUAUACGUACUUACAACUUUCCUCAAGGGAGAGUUACUGACCAUCGCGUAAACAUUACCCAACAUUCCAUCGUUCAGAUCAUGCAAGGGGAAGGUUUGGAUGGUUUCAUAGAUGCUUUGACCAUGAAGCAAGAGAUUGCGGCUCUGGCAUCUCUUAAGGCUACAUCGUGAUUCUGCUCCUCAUAAUUCCCUUUUUACAUUCUUUUCUCUGCAUUCUUUUUUCGAAUGGUGUAUUAGCCAUAUGGAUUGCUUGAGGUUGGGGAUUCUAUGCAAUCUUAGAGAUCAAACCUCUUGUGUUCAAGAAGUACACACUUACAUCCCAUAUUGAUAAUCAUAGCAUCCUUCUAGAUGGAUGAAUUUGUAUUGAAGGCAAGUGUCCAGCUACUUUACUACAAUACAUCAAGAGAUAUCCUGAUUUCACAGUCCCAAUUACAAUAAAGGGUUAAAAUUCUUGGACAA